AAAUGUGCUGGAGCAGUCUGAUUUGCAUAGUUGCCUGUGAGUGGCAGCCCUCUACAUUCAUGGGUUUGAUAAUCUACCAGGCUCAUUACCUGGGAGGGAGAAGUCCUGAAAUAUACCUUGGAUCCUCAGAUUUCAUCUUCUGCCUUUUGUCUUCCUGAGAGGAAGGAGAAAUUCGGCCCUCUGCUUAUAACAAAGACUUCAGGGUACAAAACCCCUUGAGAUCUCACCUUCACCACCACCAUGACUAUCUUUUUGGCUGUAAGCUUUUGCCUCUUGGUUGCUUUGGAACCUGUGAACUGUCAAAGAGUUAACAGAUCUCUUCAGCCAUGGAUGCAGGGUGCCAUUGCAGUCACUGUCUUCUUGGUUUUGGCAAUGGUCGCCUUUGUCAUCAACAGGUUAUGGUGUCAGGACAAAAAUGAUUCCUUGGAGGAGCAAAACAAAGGGCUUUCCAUGACCGACAAAAAGGAAGAUCUGGUCAUGUCUAAUGGUACAGAAGGGAGAUAUUCAACAGCUGCGGCAGAUUUUAGAUGUGAAGAGGGGCACCAUGUCUAUGAAAACAAAGUUGAAUUGGAGUGUGAAAACGCAACCGUACACCACAGCGCAAAUGAUAUACAUGUUCUUACCACCUGCAUGUAGCAUCUUUCUCCCUGAGCAUCUCUCACAUCUGACAUUUUUCCCUUUCAAAGCCUCCAUAACACCACACAUGAUGAUGAGACCAGUUUUGUAUGUAAUUUUUCUUUUUGGUGCAUGGAUUUCAUCACUCUGUUACAAAGCGCUGACUAUAGCCAAGGGCACUCUUCUUCACAUUACAUUUUUUUUGCUUUCUUUUUAUUGUGAGUUAAGGUCUGCAAUUAACCACACAAUGCUGCUGGGCAGAAAAUAACUGCCCACUGGGUUCUUUCUUACAUGUUGAUGCAAAAGGGGUUCCACCAAAACACUUGUUAUGGGAUCAUUUCUUGGCUCCUUUUUCACCGAUCUUUGUUCUUCUGUCUCAGCAGCUUUUAUUAAAUUGCUACUAAUA